CCGCGCGGGAGGCGGGAGUGCAGUCCCCCGGGCUUUCUCUCUUAGCCCCGCCUCCUUCCCGGCUCCAGCUGGGGCCCGAGAGGCUGCGUGGUCUGUACGCUGCUCGCUGGCCUCCCAGUCUCCCCAGCAACCGAUGACACUGCCCGCGCGACACUGACCACUAGCCGACGCGGGCGAGAGGGACAGGAGCGUGACCUCCCCAUCCCGAGGGGCCGGACGCUCGGACGCCUCCCCGCUUCCCCUACUCGGAGGCCGCGCGCGCCGUUAGCCCGUUCCUCGCUCCCCGGCCCCAGUCCCGCAGUCCGGGAGGCGGGGGUCGGCAGCUGGCUGAGUGGGAACCGCGCGGUGUCUGAGGAGCCAGUCGGAGACCGGUUUCCACUUCAGUCGUGACCCUUUUGCCUGUGGGAUGAGCUCCAGCAUGGGGUGAGGUAUAGAAGAGAGACUUGAAGAGCCUGCCUUGGGACUCAAGCGCCAAACCUGUACCCUAGCAAGUGUCUUACUCCAUAUCCAUAAUGGAAGGAAAUGCACACCCUACUGCAGAGGCACAAGAGGAGGACACCCCAUGCCGGCUACUCCUGCCCAGCGUAGUGGGGCAGCAGAAGCUCCAGAGCCCAGACUUGCAGGCUCACGGUGCAGGGUGAACCUGGCAACAGCUCACCUCUGGAACAGCCGCAGUGUCUGCCCCUUAGAGAAGAACCCUGAAAUCAGACCAGUUUUUGCGGCCUCCCCCUUUCCUCUCUGUUACAGUGCCCUUUCCAGGCCUUAAGAGAAGUAAAACUUAGCUGCAGCGUCAGGAGGUGGACCCCAGAGUGUGAGUGGCACGCUUCCCUGUGAACCCGUCCUCACCAUGUUUGCCACAUCUGGGGCAGUGGCAGCAGGGAAGCCUUACUCGUGCAGCGAGUGUGGCAAGAGCUUCCGCUACAGCUCAGUGCUGCUGCGACAUGAACGUGCUCACGGCGGUGACGGCCGCUUCCGUUGCCUAGAAUGCGGUGAGCGCUGUGCACGGGCUGCUGACCUCCGAGCGCACAGGCGCACCCAUGCUGGCCAGACCCUCUACAUCUGCAGUGAGUGCGGACAAAGCUUCCGCCACAGCGGCCGCCUUGACCUACACUUGGGUGCACACCGGCAGCGAUGCCGCACUUGCCCCUGCCGCACAUGCGGCCGCCGCUUCCCGCACCUCCCGGCGCUGCUGCUACACCGGCGCCGCCAGCAUCUGCCAGAGCGGCCCCGCCGCUGCCCGCUGUGCGCCCGCACCUUCCGACAGAGCGCGCUGCUCUUCCACCAGGCGCGGGCGCACCCCUCGGGGACAACCUCUGACCCUGCUGCCCCACCCCACCGCUGCGCACAGUGCCCGCGAGCCUUCCGAAGCGGCGCCGGGCUGCGGAGUCACGCGCGCAUCCACGUGUCCCGGAGCCCCAUGCGACCCCGUGCCUCAGACGCCCACCAGUGUGGCGUGUGCGGCAAGUGUUUCGGCAAGAGCUCUACGCUGACGCGACACCUGCAGACGCACUCGGGGGAGAAACCCUUCAAGUGCCCGGAGUGCGGCAAGGGCUUCCUGGAGAGCGCCACGCUGGUGCGCCACCAGCGCACACACACGGGCGAGAAGCCGUACGCAUGUGGCGACUGUGGACGCUGCUUCAGCGAGAGUUCCACGCUGCUGCGCCACCAGCGCAGCCAUCAGGGCGAGCGGCCACAUGCGUGCGCCACUUGCGGCAAGGGUUUCGGGCAGCGCUCCGACCUGGUGGUGCACCAGCGCAUCCACACGGGCGAGAAGCCCUUCGCGUGCCCCGAGUGCGGCCGCCGCUUCAGCGACCGCUCGGACCUCACCAAGCACCGGCGAACGCACACGGGCGAGAAGCCCUACCGCUGCGAACUGUGCGGCAAGCGGUUCACGUGCGUGUCCAAUCUCAACGUGCAUCGGCGCAACCAUGCCGGCCACAAGCCACACAAAUGCCCCGAGUGCAGCAAGGCCUUCAGCGUCGCCUCCAAGCUUGCACUGCACCGCAAGACGCACCUGGGCGAACGGCCAGCGGAGUGCGCAGAGUGCGGCAAGUGCUUCAGCCACAGCCGCUCGCUGUCGCAGCAUCAGCGGGCCCACACGCGCGCCCGCACCGCUGCCGCCGUUGCCAUCCAGUCCGCAGUGGGCACUACCCUCGUCUUUGAGGGGCCGGCUGAACAGGAAAAGCCAAAGUUUUCUGUGUCCUAGUUGAGGGAGGCUUGCUGAGGCUUCUCUAAAGGUGGUUGGGCAAGCACCUAUAUAGUAUCACGGGGACAGUUGAGGCAACUCGUAGAUGGAGGUUUGGGAAAAGACUAUGUGGCCUCCUGCCUUUCCCGUUUCUUUUGGCAGCCCUUCACCUGGCCUCCUGCCUCGCCUCUACACCUACUACCCUGUCGGCCCUUUUGCCAUCCUGUCCUCGUAUAACUCGGAUUCUCCCCUCAGGUGUAGGUGCAGGGAGUCAGGGAACCCUUAGACUCCCCUGUGUGCAAGAGCCCAGGUGUUGGUGUGUCCCUUUAAUGCGACUGUGUUCUCUGGUGUUUCUGAUUUUCCUGCCUUUGUUCUGUCUUCUCAUGUCCCAUCUCAUUCCAGCCCGCAUCUUCUGCCUUCCUGAUUACCUUUGUUGUCCUGCCUCUUCAGGUAAUGGUCACAGAUUUGGCUGUAGUCACAUGUUACCAGCCCUGUGGCUUCUUGACUCUUGGCUCCCUGUUAACUCUGCUUCUGAGAAAUGUGGGUAUAGAGGUGGGAAAGCUCACUUCCAUGAAGGAUGUCUCCAUGCUAGGAGCUGCCUGCACCCUGGCAGAGGUGGCCAGUCACGUGAAGGUGGGCAGGGGCCUAAACAUGGCCACACAUGAUGUCUCCAGGGCAGAUCAAGGGGCCUCUCAGAACAAUGUUCCCCAGCCAGGUGAGGAACAUUUUCACUGGGACCCAGGCCAAAACCAUGUGGGUCCACAAAGCCAGGCACUGCCAAGUGGAACAUGAGGUUAUUUCCAAAUCAUGGGAGCCACCAGUAAGGAGAGGGCAGGGUGGAAAAUCCCCUGGAGCUGGUCAACAACUUUUUGCUCAUGGCUAGUGAAAUAAAGUUGUCUGAGUACUAGA